UUUACCACUAGAAUGUCGUGUAUUAGUGACGGAUUGUCGGGAAUGUGAAGCCAUGUUGUGUCCUUGUUGAUUGAGUUCGCUUGAAAUUUAUGUUCACGAUGCCGGAUGCAUCUAUGAGAAAUUUCGUGGAGAAGCUCAGAUCCAAGAAUGAAGAUGUUCGAAUCAAGGGCGCUCGGGACCUGUAUAAUUAUGUUACCACGGAGCUUCGUGAAGUCGGAAAUGAGGAACUCAAUCGUUUCAUGGAUUCAUUUAAUCAUCAAAUUUUUGAAUUGGUAUCAUCUCAUGAAGCGUGGGAGAAGAAAGGCGGUAUUCUUGCCAUUGAAUGCCUGAUCACGGUGGAUGUUGGCAAUCAGGCGACGCGUUUAGGACGUUACACUUCAUAUUUGCGUAACCUGUUACCGUCGAACGACCACAACGAUGUCGGAGUUAUGCAUAUGGCCGCGAAAGCAGUUGGGCGUCUCUCACUCGUUAGCGGAACUUAUGAAUUUGGCGAAUACGAGAUGCGGCGAGCUCUGGAGGGACUCACCGCGGAUAGAAACGAGUGGAAGCGGCAUGCAGCUGUGCUUGUCAUCACGGAACUCAGCCUCACUAUCCCGACAUUUUUCUAUCAGCAGUUCAAGCAGUUUUUUUCCUGUAUAUUUUACGCUGUUCGUGAUCCGAGUCCUACGAUUCGAAACGGCGCCGUCAGUGCUUUGAGGCAAGCGCUCGUCAUCACUGCUCAGCGGGAGACAAAAGAGUCUCAAAAGCCAGAAUGGUAUCAGCAAUGUUUGGAUGAGGCGUUCCUCGGUUUUCAUGAGGUCGUGACAAAGGAAAAAGGUAUAUCUCGUGACGAUCGAAUACACGGUUCUUUGCUUGUUUUGAACGAGCUCUUUCGAGUGUCAAAUCUGGAUUUCGAAUCCUCGAAAGCCCACCUUGACACAUUUCCCGGCCGGCAGCCAACAGGAGGACAGAAAAAGGAACAAAAUUCUGUUGGAAAAUGGAUGCAUUAUUCCAUCGGUUCCUCGAAGCACCGGAGCAGACAGCUCACGGUGACUUAUCCUCUGCAUGUUCCAUUAACCGAGACGAUCAGUUCUUACCGUCCAUUUGUUGGUCGCUCCGGAACUGUGCUUGCACAGCGUUCAUACUAUGGUGCAGUGGAAUGUGGGCGGAGAGCCCCGCCUCUUCUCGUGAAUGAAGAAACUAUGCCCUCUACGAGGCGUCCUGUAUCGCACGAAAGCGUCGAGUGUCGAUUACUACUGACGCAAAAUUUCGAUUUAAUUUCCGAUAUGGUUCUCAAGCAGAAGAGCUCGAAAAAUGUGCAUAUUCAAGCCACAUUGCUCGCCUUGCUGCCGCGAUUGGCUGCGUUCAAAAGAGCGAGAUUCGUCAGCAUGUAUUUGCAAGAUGCUGUGACACAUUUGCGGGCGUGUCUGAAGCGGGAGAAAGAACGGUUUGCGGCAUUCAAUGCCAUUGGCUUGAUUGCAGUUGCAGUUAAGGAAGACAUAAACCCGCAUUUGCCAAAUAUAUUAGAGGAUAUUCGCUCUGCUCUUCCGUCGAAAGAAAGUCCUUUGAAGAAGCGCUAUGCUGUGGAUUCAUCUGUUUUUACUUGCAUAUCCCUUCUUGCUCGAGCAGUUCACGUCACUAUUGCUCCAGACAUAAAGGAAAUUCUGGAGCCUAUGUUGGCCGUUGGAUUGAAUCCUUCUCUAACAGCCUCUUUGCAAGAGAUCGUCACGAAUAUUCCACCUUUGAAGAGAGAAGUGGCGGAGAGUCUCCUGAAAGUGUUGUCCUUCACGUUGUGCCUUAAACCGAAAGCUUUUGGAAUUUCCGGGUCGUUGGUGCAGACUGAACAAAGUUUGAGCGCCGUUAGCAGCACGUUGUCUCAAAAUUUGGCGCAGCGCUCUGCCUCGCCGUGUCCAACGCCGCAGAGUGGCCAGCUUACCUCGGGAUUAUCGGAGCAGGAUGUUUCGAGUGUUGUUUUGGCGUUGCGAACUCUUGGUUCUUUCGAUUUCGAAGGGCAUUCUCUACUUCAAUUUGCGCGGCACUGUGCGGAUCAGUUCCUAUUUUGCGACCAGAAAAGCGUGCGUCUUGAGGCUGUACAUACGUGUUCGCGAAUGCUGCUUCCAGUUCUACCGAAUGCUUCCCCUGGGAAUACCACUAUGGCUGUGGUUUCUGACGUUUUAUCAAAACUUUUGGUUGUUGGAGUUACAGAUGCUGAAUCGGAAAUCAGAUUGUGCGUUAUUGAAAGUUUGGAGGAACCGUUUGACCAGCACCUUGCCCAGGCAGAGAAUUUGAACAUGCUGUUUAUGCUUUUGAACGAUGAAAACUUCGAUGUGAGAUUUGCUACGGUUGCCGUUGUUGGGCGGCUUAGUGAGCGGAAUCCUGCAUAUAUCAUGCCAACACUUCGGAAAUGUUUGAUGCAGUUGUUGACAGAUAUGGAAUUCAGCGGGAUGGGAAGGAAUCGUGAGCAAAGUGCCGAACUCUUGGGCUGUCUCGUGUCGAACGCAUGUACUCUAGUUGAGCCAUACAUGGACCCAAUCCUGAAGGUUUUGAUUUCACGCGUGAAAGAGAAAGAUCCCAGUCCUCAAGUUGUUAUCCAAGUGCUAUGGGCAAUCGGAGAGCUUGCUCAGGUUUCUGGGCCAGAAAUGAGUGUUUGGUUGGAGGAUUUGAUGCCAAUUCUCCUGGAGUUGAUGCAAGACAGCAGUUCUGUUCAAAAGCGUGCAUUGGCGUUAUGGAGUUUCGGACAAGUCAUUGAAAGCACUGGAUAUGUGAUCAAGCCAUAUCAGACUUACCCCACGUUGUUAGACUUGCUAUUUUCUCUUCUGAAAACCGAACAGAAUGCCAGCAUUAGGAGAGAAGUUUUGCGAGUACUUGGUAUACUUGGAGCUUUGGAUCCAUACAAACAUAAGCAGUCGCGUGGAGAAAUCGAUGACCUUCGGAUUGCUUCUGCCUACACCGAUGAAAAGACGGAUAAAGAAGAAACUGUCGGAGAAAUGCUGGUGAAUAUGAACAUCAGUGCCGCAUCUUUGGACGAAUUUUAUCCGUCGGUUACGAUAACUAUGCUGCUUAGAAUUUUGAAGGAUCCGACUUUGUCACCCCAGCAUAAUCUGGUUGUGAAGGCACUGACAUUCGUUUUCAAUUCACUCGGACCCAAAUACGUCCCAUUCGUCCAGCAAGUUAUUCCGUGCUUUCUGAACUGCAUCAAAGAUGGAGACCCAAGCUUUCGGGAAUUUCUGGUGAAAAACUUGGGUGAAAUCAUUGGAAUGGUCCGUUUGCAUAUACGGCCAUUUUUGAACGAAAUCUUUGACCUGAUCAAGGAUUUCUGGACGUUGAAUAGUCCCAUCCAAGGAACAUUGAUAUUAUUGGUGGAGAACGUUGCUGCCGCGUUGGGGAGCGAGUUCAAAGCAUAUAUGUCGCGCUUGGUGCCUCAGAUCUUACGCGUAUUGAUGCAUGAUCCGUCUAAACAACGCAGUGUUACUGGAAAGUUAUUGCUAGCAUUGCAAAAGUUCGGUGGGCAUUUGGACGACUGCGUGCACAUGGUGUUGCCUCCGUUGGUGAAACUUUUUGAUAGUCCUGAAGUGCCUGGGCCGAUUCGACGGCUUGCCCUCGUUACGCUUGAAAAAUUGAUGGAUCACCUUGACUUCACAGAAUUUGCUUCAAAAUUGAUUCACCCGCUCGUGAGGACACUGGAGAAAUCUCCGGAGUUGCGACCGGAAGCUAUGAAUGCCAUAUGUGCCCUGGUUUCUCAGCUGGGAAAGCAGUACGAGGUUUUCAUACCUCUUGUUCAUCGAAUCCUGCGAGAACAGCGGAUUCACCAUGAAACAUACGAUUGUCUACUCUCUAAAUUCUUCCCUGCAAAAGGUGGCGUUCUAGCGACUGAUAUUCAUGACGUGCUACUUAGUCGACCAAAACCGUCGAGUUUCAAAGCGCAGGAAACUGCCCAAGAUUCCGGAGCUGCACCUUUCAAGAAUAAGCUGAGCAUCACACCGGCUAAUAUUUUGAACGCUUGGGAGGCAUCGAGCCGAGUAUCGAAAGACGACUGGCUCGAGUGGCUGCGACGAGGAGGAAUAGAAUUACUCAAGAGUUCCCCGUCACCUUCUUUACGGUCUUGUUCAUCCAUUGCACAGAACUACUCUCACCUUUUGAAAGAUUUGUUCAAUGCUGCGUUUGUAUCAGUUUGGGCUGAACUCGGUCCUGAGCAUCAAACAGCAUUGGCCAAAAAUUUGGAAACUGCCCUGAACGUCGCCCAGGAUAUUACCGAAAUCACGCAGACGAUUCUUAAUCUGGCCGAAUUCAUGGAUCAUUGUGAUAAGGGACCUCUACCGCUAGAUCCUCAGUUACUUGGUCGGCGUGCAAUGGAAUGUCGCGCUUACGCCAAAGCUUUGCGAUAUAAAGAGGACGAGUUUCUCAAAAAUGGACCUUCGACGGAAGUUGUUGGGGCGUUAAUUUCGAUCAAUAACAAACUUCAACAAAAAGAAGCAGCUUCAGUAGAUGUACUGUGCAGGAACAAACAUUUUCUUCUUCCACUGUAUCUCUACUUGACACUUUACUUCUUAGGCUUGCUCGGCUACACUAUGAAGAACAUGAAUCAAGAUUUGACGAUAGAAGAAGCGUGGUACGAGAAAUUGCACAACUGGGAAGCGGCUCGGAAGGCAUAUGAACGAAAACUUGAGAAUAAACCCGGUGACAAAACGCUCACGCUUGGCCAAAUGCGUUGUUUGCAAGCUCUUGGGGAGUGGGACAAACUCCACGACAUUGCGAGCAAAGAAUGGGACAGUGCCCCAUUAGACAUGAAAGAAAACAUGGCAACUAUGGCUGCAGCUGCUGCUUGGGGCCUGAAUAAGUGGAACGAGGUUACGAAUUACACUCAUCUCAUCCCGAGAGACACUCAAGAGGGUUGCUUUUUUCGUGCCGUGCUUGCGAUUCAUCACGGUGACCACUUGACUGCUCAACCGUUGAUUGCUUCAGCUAGGGAUCUGUUGGAAGUUGAACUGACGACCAUGGCUGGAGAGAGCUACGAAAGAGCUUAUGGUCCAAUGAUCAAUGGUCAGAUGUUGGCGGAAUUGGAGGAGGUCAUCACUUACAAAGUCGUUCCGAGGAAGAGGGAUGCGUUGCGGCGGAUGUGGUGGGAUCGCCUGCAGGGUUGUCAAAAAACAGUCGACUACUGGCAGAAAAUUCUUCAAGUUCGUUCGCUCGUCUUGAGCCCGCAAGAAAAUCAGGAAGCUUGGUUGAAGUUCGCAUCGCUGUGCAGAAAAGCAAACCGUUUAUCGUUGUCGCAAAAGACGUUAACUAUGCUGACAAGUCCAGCGAUCCCUACUGGUCUCGAGAUAAGCGGAGGCGGAGAUUCCGUGCCACCUGGUCCCAUUAUUCCUUCGAAAGAAAAUCACAAGGUUUUAUUUGCUCUCACGAAACACCUUUGGGAUGCGGGAUUCAAAGAUGAGGCAUUCAAGAAACUUUCAAAACUUGUCCAGUCGUCGCUCACACCGUGGGCAGCCCAAAUGCAAGCCGAAGACAGUCAAAUAGAAGUAAUCGCCGGAAAGACGCGGCCUGGAAAAGUGACAGAAGCAUCGAGACUUUUGGCGAGAUGCUUUCUAAAAUUGGGUCGAUGGUAUGAAGCGUCCCAGUUGGCUAAGUCUGCUCACAUGACGCCUGAUGGAGCCUCUAAUCAACAAAGAACGAUAACGCCAAUUAUUCAAUACUAUGCUGCUGCAACGAAGCACGAUCCGACCUGCGAGCAGUCGUCAGUGAAUAAUUUCGAAGAAGAUCUAGGGUCAAAGGAUGCUUCAGUCAAAGUUCCUCCGAACUUCAGUGCGAAUGUUGGGAAAGAAAGUCCUGCGUACAUCACGCAGUUCACUGUCCCUGCCGUGAAAGGGUUUAUUCGAUCGAUCGGAUUAGCCAGUGGAUCCUCUUUGCAAGACACGCUGCGCUUGCUGACUCUAUGGUUUGACUUCGGAAAUUACCCCGAGGUUUAUGAAGCGCUGAAAACGGGUGUCCAGACGAUCGAUUUGGACACUUGGCUCCAAGUUAUCCCGCAGCUCAUUGCCAGAAUCGACACUCAGCGGAUGCUGGUCGCGAAGCUCAUACAUCAACUCUUGCGUGAAAUCGGUCAAUUGCACCCGCAAGCUUUGAUAUACCCUUUAACCGUGGCGUCAAAGUCGAGCUCUGUUGCGAGAAGUGAGCCUGCGAACAAGAUUCUCAAAUCGAUGCGUGAGCACUCGCAGAACUUGGUGAAUCAAGCCAUGAUGGUCAGCGAUGAGCUGAUUCGAGUUGCCAUUUUAUGGCAUGAAUUGUGGCACGAAGGCCUCGAAGAAGCCUCAAGGCUAUAUUUCGGUGAUCGAAAUAUCGAGGGCAUGUUUCAAACAUUGGAACCGCUACACGCGAAGAUGCGCCGUGGCCCACAUACGUUGAAGGAGACAUCUUUCACUCAGGCAUACGGCCGGGACUUGCAAGAUGCCCACGAUUGGUGCAAACGUUACCGGGAGACUUGCAAUGUACGGGAAUUAAACCACGCGUGGGACUUGUAUUACCAUGUCUUCCGAAAAAUUACUCGUCAGUUACCUCAUCUGUCUAGUCUCGAGCUUCAGUACGUGUCGCCUAAGUUGUUGCAAGCGAAAGAUCUGGUUUUGGCCGUACCAGGUACUUACGUCCCCCAUCAACCGAUUAUUUCGAUCGCGUCAGUACAAUCAAACCUGCAGGUGCUCAUGUCGAAACAGCGACCACGACGUAUUGUCAUCAAAGGAAGCAACGGUGCAGACUAUACAUUCCUGUUGAAGGGGCACGAAGAUUUGCGACAGGAUGAACGAGUGAUGCAGCUGUUCGGUUUGGUGAACACGUUGUUGAUGCAAGAUCCCGAAACUUUCAGGAGAAAUUUAACGAUUCAGCGGUAUGCCGUUAUCCCGCUCUCAACGGACAGCGGACUUAUCGGCUGGGUUCCUGAUUGUGACACACUUCAUGCGCUGAUUAAAGACUACCGAGACAAGAAGAAAGUCAUGUUGAAUAUAGAGCAUCGGAUUAUGCUUCGUAUGGCAGCUGAUUACGAGCACCUAACUUUGAUGCAGAAGGUUGAAGUGUUCGAACAUGCCUUGGAACACACAGCCGGAGACGAUCUGGCGAAGUUGCUGUGGCUCAAGUCCCCAAGCUCUGAAAUUUGGUUUGAUCGAAGGACCAACUACACUCGAUCAUUAGCGGUCAUGUCGAUGGUGGGCUAUAUCCUUGGACUCGGCGAUAGACAUCCAAGCAAUUUAAUGCUAUCGCGAACAAGUGGGAAAGUUUUGCACAUUGAUUUCGGGGAUUGCUUCGAAGUUGCCAUGACUAGGGACAAGUUUCCGGAGAAGAUACCUUUCCGCUUGACGCGCAUGUUGAUCAAUGCAAUGGAGGUAACGGGUAUUGAGGGGACGUACCGCAUGACGUGUCAGAGCGUUAUGAAUGUAUUGAGGAAGAAUAAAGAUAGUGUCAUGGCUGUCUUGGAAGCGUUUGUACACGAUCCCUUGCUGAAUUGGCGCUUGGUGGAGAACAACAGGGGUGGAAUCGGCACGAUGCCUGCUGGCGCAACACUAUUGCCGGGGAAAACAGCUGGUCAGAAAACAAACAAAGACAUGUCACCGGAAGACGAAGCAGAGGAUUUCUUGGGGCUAAAAGAUGGCCCGUUAUUCUCGUGCCAGCGAACUCUUCCCAAAAAUGAAGUUGAUGACCCCGCUGAAACGCUCAAUAAAAAAGCCGUGGCCAUUGUGAAUCGAGUGAAAGACAAAUUGACUGGGAAGGAUUUUAACCCGGAAGAGCGUCUGACUGUGGAGAAGCAAGUCGAUCUAUUGAUUCGACAAGCAACGUCGCAUGAAAAUUUGUGCCAGUGUUAUAUUGGAUGGUGUCCGUUUUGGUGAGCACCAUGCGAAUCACCCCGCUGAGGAAUUUUGAAACAGGAGGGAAAGGCCUUUUUGUAGUUCAGUUAGUUGGCGCAUGUUGCGGCAUUGAUUGAAAAGUUGUUGCAAUCGUUUUCGAGGAUUUUUGCAUCCCCGAGAAGAUGAUGUUCAAUUUUAUUUUUGUGAUAAUCAGACACGGAAGAAAAUCUUAACUUGGGAAUCGGAAUUGUCUGAUUAGUCCUCAUGGUCACCGGCAUUGUGGCUUCCUUCAUGUUCUUCCCUAGCUUCGGAAUCAUCCCAGUCGAGAUCCUUCGACCAGUACGUCAGUUUAUUGGCAUUGAUGAAUCUUCGCAAUGCGUUUCGCAGUGCGUUCCAGGUUGAGUCAGAAUUUCCUUGUGACAGCUGGCUGCUCCCCGAAGUGUCCUUUCCGUGGAAUGUUCGUAAAUUCAUUAAUGCAUGAAUGAAAACAAAUUUCUGAACUUGAUUGAAACUUAGAUUCAGCAGUCACUAACUUUUAAAAAAUUGUCAAGCUCCGAGUUUUCCGAAUUGUUCAUGAGUUAUUCUGCGUAUGACUCGCACACGAGGUGAGAAGACUGAAGGCUUCAGAAGUUGAAGCAUUUUAAGUUUUCAUUAUUGCCUCGACUAACUUUGGGUUCACACUUCUCAGAUCGAUUGAACUUGAUCAUUGUAUUUGAAUUCGGAGGGGAUUUAUGAUAUAUGCAGGAAAAGGUGUCCAGAAAGUUAUCUUGCUGUAAGAACGUUGUAAUCCGGAGAAAACGGUUUCGUACACAGUCCAUAACCAUGGCAAAUACUUUUGGUGUGAUUUUAAUUUUACAUUUUCAUCCCACGUAUAAUCAAAAAGUAUUGCUGCAGUUCAUCCAGGUUGAAUCGGCUGUUGAUGAAAUGGUAUGGAAAAAAGAUUAAAUUUUGAAUUUUUAUGUUUCACUGGUCAAUUUUUAAAAAUAACGUUAUGAGUCACCCUUUUAGACGCACUUCAUCGUGUGUAUCUCCCCAGAUUCGAAAGAAAGCUUGAGUGCGCAUGACCGGGCGAUAACUUUUUGGACACCCGGUAUAAUGCAUGGGCUGCAAUGAUGGGAAUGGGUGCGAAGAGAUACUAACACCAAAUAUAGUGCCAAACCAUUCGCAAACGUAGCGUGUUAUGGUCACUGGUGAGUAUUCGUAAAGGAACUCGCCAAACUUGUCGACGAUUGAUGGGUCCUGAGUGUCGAUCGGCACGAUGGGAUCCAGGUGGGAAGUGACGUUUCGUUUGUAACCCAAACCGCGAUAGAAGCUGAUGAGUUCAGGACGUUCAAUGUCCAAGUGAGCCCGUUUGAAUCCACACUCAAGUACCGCGAAUUUUUCCGUGAGCUGGACCAGCAAAGAACCGUAGCCCUUUCUGCGCCACUCGGGGUCAAUGAUGAUGGAGCCAAUGAAGCAGUCGUCGUCUUCGCCUUGAACUCUGCAUAUCCUGCUGUGGCCCAUCAUCACCUGCUGCCGCUUUCUGUUUUGAGGAAGGAGGUCGUUAUUUUUUCAUCUUUUCUGAUAUUUCCGCAUAUCCCAAGCACACGAUUUUUUUCUACUGAACAGAUUUCGUAUAAAUUUCAGAACUUUGCGCAGUCAGUAGUCAGGUUUUGUGUUGCUGGAUCAGGUUUUGUUUUAUAUUACACUUGGUCAGGUUCUGAGUUGGUUCAGCCUGUUAGAAUUGGUCCGGUUCAAUAUUGCGGCCGCAUCAGCCCAAGAUGUAUUUGAAAGCGGGGUCCACUGUUUUACCGAAGACAAAUGCGCUAGGAAUGUACGAACUACAUUAUGCAAUAUAGUACAGUAUUUGUCUGCAAGUACUUCGGCACAACAUAUUUUGAAUGAGGGCGUGAAGUACAGUACCAAAGACGAAACAAACCCCAGAAGUAGUUGUCUUAGCUGACCCAGAAUCUGAAGGAUUUUAAGAAAAUGAUGCGGUGAUUCCGGAUCUGUUUUACGGAAAUGCGUGUUUACCUUGGAUGAUCUCCGGAGUUUGUCGCAUUAUUAUCCUUCGUUUCAGGACUGAUCAUAACCAGUGAAAUUGGAAAUCCUGAAUUUGAUUGUUCCAGCCACUUCUCUCGUGAAUUGUAUCCUGCACAAGGCCAUUCACGAUUCAACAACAGACAGCAGUAUUCGACUGCGUUGCGUCUCCGGGGCUCUGGAAUUACAUGAAUCGGCACAAGUUCGCAAUCACUUGACGGCAUGACGGAGACCUUAGUGGGUUCUUCGCUGAGAAUUUUGUAUAAUCGUGAUAAGAUGGUCUAAUUUUUUUCCCACUUGAAUAUAGAAGUCUUGCAUGCAUUCCAUCGCGUAAAAAUUUUCUAAGUGCUCCAUUGAGUAAUUUUCACCUGAUAGAUUCAUUUAUGAUUUGAAUCGAUUAUUUCUUCGAAGACAUAUGUUCAUUAUCGAUGCCAUGGCUACGGUCGUUUCUUUUUUUGUUUUGCUGUUCCGAAUGUCGAGUUCGAUUUUCGUAGUUACCAUGCGAAUGUUUUAGAAUCUAGAACAUUUUUAU